CCAAUUGGAGGAGAGGUGACACUGGGAGGGGGGUGAUGCCAUCUCCUCCCUCCACCCAUCCUCCAUAACACCCCCUUCCUUCCCUCUCACCACCACCGCCAUCCUCCUCACACACAAAAGCAGAGCAAUUAGCUGACUUAAGAGAGCUGAGGCUUAGCCAGCUGCGAGCUGAAAACCAUCACCAAAUACCUUGGAGGGGAGGGAGGCAGCAGAGGAAGCAGCAGCCAUGGAAGAAUCCAAAUGACUGGCCUCCAUUCCCUUCCCCUCCCCCUGCCCCGACAAAAUCCAACCCAAGGGUUGUUGUGAGAAGGACCGAACCUACAUGCACCUCCAGGAUUCUCUGGUCUCCCCUGCGGCCACAACCCGGCGCUGGAGCUCCUGAGCAGCCCGGCUGCACCGGCAGGAAUGCCUGGCUGGGUCUUCUUUGUUCCUCAUUAGCCAGAAGCAUCGCCUCAGCCCUUCCUUGAGGGAACCUCGGUGCAGCCAGCCCUUCUCUGAGCACCAUGGGGACCACAGAAGCCACUUUGAGGAUGGAAAAUGUGGAUGUGAAGGAAGAGUGGCAAGAUGAGGACUUCCCCAGACCUCUGCCAGAGGAGACAGGGAUGGAGUCACUGGGCAGCCCUAUGGAAGAUGAGAACACAUCCUCUCCCCCAAAUACCUUAAACUUCAACGGGGCCCAUCGGAAGCGGAAGACACUCGUUGCACCUGAAAUCAACAUUUCCCUGGACCAGAGUGAGGGCUCCAUUCUCUCUGAUGACUUCUUGGACACACCAGAUGACCUGGACAUCAACGUGGAUGAUAUUGAAACUCCUGAUGAGACAGAUUCCCUCGAAUUCCUGGGGAAUGGGAACGAACUGGAAUGGGAAGAUGACACUCCUGUAGCCACAGCCAAGAACAUGCCUGGGGACAGUGCAGACCUGUUUGGGGAUGGUGGGCCAGAAGAUGGGAGUGCUGCCAAUGGGAGGCUCUGGAGGACUGUGAUCAUUGGAGAGCAGGAGCACCGCAUCGACCUCCAGAUGAUCAAACCCUACAUGAGGGUGGUGACACACGGAGGAUACUAUGGAGAAGGUCUCAAUGCCAUCAUUGUCUUUGCUGCCUGCUACCUGCCAGACAGCAACCUGGCUGAUUACCACUACAUCAUGGAGAAUCUCUUCCUGUAUGUGAUCAGCAGUCUGGAGCUGCUGGUGGCUGAGGACUACAUGAUUGUCUACCUGAAUGGAGCAACGCCCCGGAGGAGGAUGCCAGGCCUUGGCUGGCUGAAGAAAUGCUACCAGAUGAUAGACAGAAGGCUGCGUAAAAACCUCAAAGCCCUGAUAAUUGUCCAUCCCUCUUGGUUCAUCCGGACAGUCCUGGCCAUAUCCAGACCUUUCAUCAGUGUGAAGUUUAUCAAUAAGAUCCAGUAUGUUCACAGCCUGGAGGAACUGGAGCAACUUAUCCCAAUGGAGCACGUGCAGAUUCCAGACUGUGUCUUACAAUAUGAAGAAGAGAGGAUCAAGGCUAGAAAAGAAAGGGCAGAAGAGAAACAAGACAUGGCUGAGAAGGAAAGCAGGCCUGUGCCCCCAGCAGAGGAUCAAGAAACCAGUAUGUCAUGAAUUGAAGUAGACUGGAAUGAAUGGAGUAGAAGAAUGACACAGCCUGGCAGUCACCCACGUAAAUGACCUUUUGGUAUCAGACCUUGUCACCAUCUUAUUCCAAGUUCUGUAAGAUCAGGGAGCCUGUCUCCCCUGUCUCCGAGAUGCAAAGUCCUUUAAACUUCUUGGAAACAUUUUUACUUUAAGAAAAACAAAAACAACCAAACAAAAAUCCACAAAACAAAACAAGGCAAGAAUAGCACUUUUCAGGUUCCAGUAAUGGUCUGUGGAGAGCAUUAAGUAGUGCAAACAGACACCAUGUUUCCUCUUAGUGAGUUAAGAGCAUCCUGUAGUCCAUUAGUCACCCACCCAGAAAGAGAUCUAUUUUUUCUUUAAAUUAUAAACCUUUCCCCUAACCUGCUGCUGGCCAGCACUGAGACAUUUUUGCUUUAAACUGCACACCCAGUUCCCUCCAUUACUCCAACAACAGCCAUGACCCCAGGGAAUGAGGCACACACAGAGUCCAUUUUCUUCCUUUCUACAUCCACUCGCUUCCUGAAAAUACCAAGUGCCCACGGGUCUAGGCACAUCUUCCAGCCUUGACCACCUCAGUUCAUUCAUUUUCUGUUCUUAUUAACUCACACCAACCCUUCCCCUCAGUAAAUGCCAUGGUUUUUCCCAGACUUGCCCUGUCUCAGUUUGUAAGGCACUCUGGCAACUCUGAAAGAGGGUCCCCCCUGGCGUGGCAGCCUCCACAGAACUUCUUGGGAGCAUCUUCAAUCAUAGAAAGGUUUGAGUGGGAAGGGACCUUCAAGACCUUCCAGUUCCAACCCCCCUGCACAGGCAGGGACACCUCCCACCAGCCCAGGCUGCUCCAA